GGUCCCUCCAGGGAACUUGAACAUUUGGAGUUUCCUGGUUUCUGCUGAUUCUUGAGGCCUAGGAAGUCGCCCACAAAAGAAUUCAGAAAAUCAAGGGAAUAAUCAGUUUGUACUUGUGGCGCUGUCUCAUUAACUGAAGGAUCCUGACAAUGUUUCUGUAUUAUGGAAUAGCUUGCAAGAGAAAAUCUUUUUGGUGCUACAGGCUGCUAUCAACAUAUGUCACUAAGACACGGUAUUUAUUUGAACUGAAGGAAGAUGAUGAUGCAUGUAAAAAGGCCCAGCAGACAGGAGUAUUUUACCUCUUUCAUGGUCUGGCUCCUUUGCUUCAAACAUCAGAACAUCGAUACCUGGUCCCCAGGCUUAGCCUAUUAGAGUUGAAAAGGCUCCUGGGUAAGUUUGGACAGGAUGCACAAAGAAUAGAAGAUUCCGUGCUGAUCGGAUGCUCUGACCAGCAUGAAGCAUGGUUUGCUCUGGAUCUAGGUCUGAAUAUCUCCUCUUCCAUAUAUGCUUCCUUACCAAAACCUGAAAUGGAGACAGAGCUCAAGGGGUCUUUCAUUGAGCUGAGAAAGGCUAUUUUUCAGCUGAACUCGAUGGAUUCCUCCUUGCUAUUCACGGCUCAGGCUCUUCUCCGUUGGCAUGCUAAUCAUCAGUUCUGCAGCAGAAGUGGGCAGCCCACCAAGAAGAAUAUGGCUGGCAGCAAGCGUGUGUGCCCUUCCAGUAAGAUCAUAUAUUAUCCACAGAUGGCUCCUGUGGUGAUCACUCUAGUGUCAGAUGGGGUCCGAUGCCUGCUUGCCCGCCAGAGCUCCUUUCCCAAGGGACUAUAUUCUGCCUUGGCAGGUUUUUGUGAUAUAGGUGAGAGGUUUAGGGGAUGUACAGAUGACAAUGGAGGCAGAAAACUUUAUUAAUAGUAGGUAUUUCUUGGUCUUGUUGCCAUAGUCCUUGAAAUCUCAAGCAUAUUCUUUCCUCAUGUCAAGAAAAUUGCCUUCUGCUAUUAUAAUUUUCCAAUAUUACAUUAGGCAAAAUUUCAAAC